UCCCCCCUCCCCUUUCUUACCUUUCCGCUUUCCAUCGACUCCGUUUAGAACUCGGCGUUGUCUUAGACUCUUUUCCUUCACAAUGAGCGCUCCCGGAUACUACAACGGCCCUCCUCCCCCGCCCCAGGCGUACCCUCCCCAGGGCUAUCCGCCUCCGCAGGGUGGUUAUCCUCCCCAGGGAUACCCCCAGCAGCCCUACCCUCCGAUGCAAUACCAGCAACAGCCUCCUCCCCAGCAGAAGGACCGCGGAUGUCUCGGUGCCUGCCUGGCCACG